AAAGUAGAGACUUCAGUGAUUUGCCCCAUAUCUCACAGUUGGUAUUUGGGAGAGUUGAAAUUCAAAUCCAGAUGGCAUCUCCUGGAUUUGCCCUCAGUGCCUUCAUGCUUCUAUGGCUCAUUAGAUCUGUAGUGAAUUAUCCCAAUGGGAAAGUCACACAGUCUUGUGAUGGCAUGAUUCCCCAACAUGGCCACAGCCCACAGUCGGAGCCCAUCCAUCGCCUCACAGUGAGUGACAGGACAUUCAGACCAGGAGACAAGAUUGAAGUUACUCUGUCGGGACCACCAUUUAAAGGCUUUCUCUUAGAAGCCCGGGAUGCUGAACGCUUGAGUGGCCCUCCUAUUGGCUCCUUCACAGUGAUUGACAGCCAGGUGUCACAGCUUCUGACUUGUGAGGAUGUACAGAAAUCAGCUGUGAGCCACAGAAGUUCAUCCAAGAAAACAGAAGUGAGAGUCUAUUGGAAUGCUCCAAGCAGUGCCCCAAAUCAUGUACAGUUUCUAGUCACGGUUGUUGAGAAGUAUAAAAUCUACUGGGUGAAGAUUCCUAGUGACGUAAUUUCGCAACCGAAUGCACUUCCUUUUACGACACCUAAAGCCACCAGAAUGCCAUUGUCAACAUCUCCCCCAGUUUCCCACUUAACCAAACCAUUCAAUGCCUCAGACUGUGGGAACAAGAAGUUCUGUAUUAGGAGUCCUUUGAACUGCGAUCCAGCGGAUGAGCCUGCCUGUGUCUUCUUGUCCUUCACCAGGCACGACCAGUCGGUUCUGGUUGAAAUGAGUGGUCCCAGUGAAGGCUACUUAUCCUUUGCACUUUCUCAUGACCGAUGGAUGGGUAAUGAUGAUGCUUACAUCUGUAUUCAUGAAGAUCAGACUGUGCGCAUACAACCUGCUCGUUUGACAGGGCGGAGCCACCCUGUGAUGGACAACCGGAGGCUUCUAGAGGAUAUGGCCUGGGGGCUGACGGAUGGUGUUAUCCAGUGUUCUUUCCGCAGAAACAUUACCCUUCCUGUGGAGGAGAAUAGGUUUGAUCUAAAUGCAAGCUACUACAUUUUUCUAGCAGCUGGUGCAGCCAGUGAUGGUAAAAUUUCUAAACACUCUAAGCAACCCUUGAUUACUUAUGAAAAAUAUGAUGUGACCGGUUCUGCAAAGAAUGUAGGAGGCUCUCGGUCUUCACUGCUCUUGAAGGCUCAUGGUGCGCUCAUGUGUAUGGCCUGGAUGACUACAGUUAGCACAGGUGUAUUGGUUGCCCGAUUUUUCAAGUCUGUUUGGUCCAAAGCUUUCUUGCUCAGAGAAGCAGCUUGGUUUCAGGUGCAUCGGCUGCUCAUGCUCACCACGUCUGCGCUCACUGCUGUUGCCUUUGUUUUGCCUUUUCUAUAUAGAGGAGGUUGGAGUUGGCAUGCAGGUUACCACCCGUUCCUGGGCUGUACAGUGAUGAUUUUAGCAGUCCUUCAACCUCUUCUGGCAGCUUUCAGGCCACCUGUGCAUCACCCAAGGCGGCAGAUGUUUAACUGGACCCAUUGGAGUGUGGGAACAGCUACGAGAAUAAUUGCAGUGGCAGCCAUGUUCCUGGGAAUGGAUUUACCAGCUUUGGACCUUCCUGGUCCACAGAAAACCUAUACGAUGAUUGGAUUUGUGGGCUGGCACAUUGGAACUGAAAUCAUCCUAGAGAUACACGCUUACUGGCUCUCUCGAAAAGUGCAAAUACUGGAUGAUGACAGAAUUCAGAUCCUUCAGUCUCUGACGUCAGCGGAGGCAGAGGGCCAUGCUUUUAAAAAGGCUGUGUUGGCAAUUUAUGUCUGUGGGAAUGUGACUUUUCUCAUCAUGUUCUUCUCUGCAAUCAGCCGUCUCUAAGCAAGCUAAGACCUUGCUUUCUAUGGACCAGGUGAAAAUCAUUCUCAAACCAAAGGAACUCACAGCUGAUACUCCCUGCCUGCAGCAGA